CGUCAGAAAGAGCUGUAUCAUUUGAAACGAGCGCUAAAAUGUUGUUCUGCAGACUACGUAGAUUUUACUUAGACGCAUCAUAAGAUUGUUCGAGCUCAUUCUUUAAGUCGCUCGUGGGGUCGCGUCUAGAUGCGCGGACGCCGCCGAAAGUGGCGUGUUCCUGCGACUCGACCACCUGCGUACUCUGCCCCCACGCUUGCGUGGGAAUCCAGACUACCGGUUUCUGUGCUUCGGUGUGUUUUACGAAGGUUCGAGCGUUAUAUCCUGUCUUGCCGCAGCGCCUACAGCGCGCUUGCUGCCGUGUACUUCCACCCAGGCGCCUUCUAUUUUAACGCAUUUCGCCCUUAAUUUAUUUAUUAGCUUCCUUUUAAGCAAUUAUUUUAGAGCCCUAUACCUUUAUUAGAACUUCUUACCUUUAAAUUCGCUUUUUUUUACACUUUUUACACUUUCUAGCGGCCUUAUUUACCUUUUAAAGGCUUAUAACCUAAUUAUAUAAUAAUAU